CCCUCUUCUGCUUUCACGCAGUAGCAUUUUCGUUAAUAUUACCAUAAAUGAGGCUGAUAAAUAAAACGCUAGAAAAAGAUUCCUCGGGUCAUGUUACUCUCUACCCGGAAGAACUCGAAGACAUGUGGCAUGUUUACAACUUGAUUUCCAAAGAAGAUCAAAUCAAAGCAACGACGAUCCGACGCCUACAAGCGGAAAGUUCGACGGGAUCAACGACGAGCCAACGUACACGAAUGGUGCUCACCAUUACCGUAGCAACUGUUGACUUUGAUCCUCAAGUCGGUCUUUUGCGUAUCAAUGGUCGUGUCACAAGCGAAAAUCCUUACGUGAAGUUGGGUAGCUUCCAUACCAUCGAUCUAGAAUUGAACAGAAACUUCACCUUACUCAAGCCAGAAUGGGAUGUAAUAGCUUUGGAGCGUGUUGAGGAUGCAUGUGAUGUUACCAAACAAGCCGACGUCGCUGCUAUUGUCUGUCAGGAAGGAUUAGCAAAUAUCUGCUUCUUAACACAACAUAUGACUGUUGUAAAGCAACGUAUAGAAACACCUAUUCCACGGAAAAGAAAGGGAUCAGUGACAAAUCAUGAAAAGGGCCUUCAAAAGUUCUACGAUCAGAUCUAUCAAGCAAUUCUGCGAUUACUCCACUUUGAUAUCAUCAAAGCUGUCAUUAUUGCUAGUCCUGGAUUUGUUCGGGAGCAAGUAUACCAAUACAUUUUUGACCAGGCUGUGAAAACCGACAACAAAGUCCUGAUGGAAAAUCGCUCCAAGUUUGUUCUUAUCCACAGCUCCAGUGGCCACAAGCAUUCGUUAAACGAAGUGAUGCAGGAUCCUGCAAUUCAAUCCAAAUUGGCCGAUACCAAAGCAGCACGGGAAGUCCAAGCCUUGGAACAAUUUUACGCCAUGCUUAACACCGAUCCAGACCGGGCAUUUUAUGGCAUUAGUCACGUAUUAAAAGCAAACGAACAUGGUGCCAUAGGCACUCUACUUGUUACAGACGAAUUAUUUCGAUCCGCGGAUAUCACAACGCGGCGGAAAUAUGUUGAUUUAGUGGAAUCUGUCCGGAAUACGGGAGGAGACGUCCGUGUAUUUUCUAGUAUGCAUGUCUCUGGCGAACAGCUCAAUCUGCUCAGUGGCGUUGCAGCAAUCCUUACUUAUCCAUUGCCAGAUAUAGAAUUGGAGGAUACAGAAGAAGGAGAACAGAUAGAAGAAAACAGCCAUAGAAAAAGUGACUACGUGUAAUUUAAUUAUGGAGAUGU